AUGCUCCCGCGCUUCGUUGGGGUAUUGGCGUCUCUUGUCGCGAUUUUGCGCGUCCAAGCAGCGUCCUGUCCGUACGCCACCCUAACGGUGACAUCGGUCCUUGUCGACAAUGCGCUGUGUACGUCGACGGGCCCGUGCCUUGUGAACCCAACGACGUGCGCCGAGAUCAGCAAGGCGACGCCAAAGCUCCAGGCCGAUGGGACGAUGCAGUACGCUGUGGAGGCGGUCGGCGACAUGAGCGGCUACACCAAGCUCACGGAUCUGUAUAUUGGCCGGGAUGGAACGUCGCCCGUCGACGUCACGUACAUGCAGCUGCCUCCGACGCUUCUUACCUUGUACGUGCGUGCGUCUGUAGGAGGAACCCUAAUCAUGCUCGUCAAAGUCGACACGUACACGGGACUUGCAGCCGAUUUCAUGUGGCCGCCGACCCUCGAUAGCUUUACUCUGCGAAAUGGCCCGUUCAACGCGGCCACGCUGCCGCUGACACCCACAAAGCUGGGUCUGGACUUGGUGGGUUUGACGAAAAUGCCACCUACAAACACAAAGUGGCGGUCCUUGAACCUUGCCGGCAACAAGAUUGAAGAGGUGGCCAACGCCGACCUCCCCAACCUUGUCUACUUGUACGCACCCUCCAUUUUUGGCAACCUGCUCACGACGUUCGCCAAUGUUUCGUUCACCAAGUCGUUAAAUUACUUUGGCAUCACGGGCUCAAUCACGACAUUUACCGUCUCGAAUGCAACGUACCAGGUCCUCAACGAGCUGGAAAAGCUCACGUCGCGAACGACCCGCCUUGGGUACGAGAUUGACGACUACAUGACGAUCCAGCCGAACGAGACCAAGUGCACGCAAGCGGGCGGCACCAUUCGACCGCUUUGGGCUUUGAAAGAUGCAAGCCGCAACUUUGCUGCAUGUGUGCUUCCCGAUCCCCAGCCACGUACCCUAGCCCCUACGACGGCCGUCCCAACGACGUCACCACCUUUGGAAACAUCGAACAUCGGUCUCGUUGUCGGUGUCUCGGCCAGUGCGAUCGUGCUCGUGCUUUUGUUUGGUUGGUGGUGCCUCUGGAAGCGGCGCAAGCCCGUGCCACCGACCCCCGACGCCGUGUACCAUCGGUAUUCCACGCGAGGGACGUUGGCCGGCACGGCCACUGUCGACGUCACGGGCUUUCCAACCGGUUCGAUUCCGUCCGGCGGAGACAAGUCGCGUCACUACGUCAACGUCGACCUCGACGUCCUCCGCAUGCUCCGCCUCGAGCCCAGUGAGCUUCGAGCCAUUGGCAAUACGCCCAUGGCGGCUGGCGCGCACGGCGAAGUCUGGCUCGGGACGUACGCGGGCCAACCGGUUGCGAUCAAGCGCACGAAGGACAAGUCGGCCAAAGCAAUUGCGAAAAUGUCGGCUGAGAUCCUCCUCAUGUCGCGAAUCAACAGCCCGUACGCCGUGUCGCUCAUUGGUGCAAGCUGGCUGCGCCCGACCGACCUCGAGUGCGUCGUCGAGUACAUGGACCGCGGUGAUCUGCGGUCGUUCUUGUCGUCCACCUCGUCGGCAGCCUUCUCAUGGCACCAAAAGCAGGAGAGCAUCGCGCAAGUCGUCCAAGGGCUUGUGUACCUGCAUACGUUUGAGACACCAAUCAUCCACCGCGAUCUCAAGUCCCGCAACGUCCUCCUCGACUCCAAGAAGGGGACCAAGCUCACGGACUUUGGCGAGUCGCGCGAGAUGGACGAAGAGACCCUUACGAACGGCAUUGGCACGUACCAGUGGAUGGCGCCCGAGAUCUUUACGGGCCACGACUACUCGACGGCCGCCGACGUCUACUCGUUUGGGGUCUUGCUGUCCGAGUACUCGACGCACCGUGUGCCGUACGCCGACAUGAUCAACCCGCGCACCAACAAGCCGAUGAACCAGCAGUUCAUCAUGCACCAAGUGACGUCGGGUGCGAUUACCCCAACGUUCGAGACGGCGACAACGCCACCGUGGGUCCUGGAGCUGGCCAAGCAGUGCCUUGCGUUCGACCCGGAAGAUCGCCCGAGCACCCUCCAGAUCAUCAACGUCGUGCUCAAAGCCACUGCGUAAGCCAGAAUUGCC